AUGGGUCGCCCGGUCUUUACAUCCCGCGAUAACCUCCACAUGCUCCGAAGCUCGGCCUUUGAAUCCGAACAUGCCUGGUUAUACGACACCUCCUACAUGCAACAUGGAGCCGCUGCCUUGGAACUCGAACACGAAAUAGAGCAGGCCUAUUCCAGUAUUUCGCCAGACGACCUCUCCGACGAGCAAGUGCGAAUCAUCAAGACCCAGAUCACCAUCCACCGAGAACGACAACGAGCCCUGCGUCCCCACCUCGAAAGCGGCAGUGACCAGAUUGACGAGGAGGGCAACGAAUGCGUCUUUGUACCCGCUCCAAAUCAAUGGGGCGCCAAUGGCGACUUGGACGAGGAGAGCGAGACUCUCUCAGCAAUCCACAACCUCCUCACAUGGCAGACUUCCUACUCACCAAUCUCACACACACUACACGAUCAACUCCCCUCAACAGAUAUCCCUUACCAUGCUCUUCUUGACCCAUCGCUACCCACAACCACAUUUCACUUGCACCGCACACGGGAAUGGACCGGCUCGUCAGGCUUCCGAAAGUACAUCUACAGUGCGCGAGACCACUCCGACAAGUACAUGCUAUACAUGCUCGAGGCCACACAUCGCGACGACAGCCAAGUAAACGCUGCAGACUUCUUCCGCGUCGCAGAGUUCCCCCAGCCAUGCAUAUCAGUCCUCCUUUCUGGUAUCGAUAAGAAGCGCAUAACCACCGAUUCCUCCAAAGAUGCUGCUUACAAGUCACGAUGCAUCCACCUCCGCGGCCCGUUUUCACAACCAGUCAAAGAGUAUCCUGAUAGGCAGCAAAAGAUCCCGUGGUCUCCGCGACGAUUUACCUAUGGUGGCCGGCGCUUUGUCUGGAAGCAGGGGGACCCCAACGACGACGCUAUGCCAGAGACAUUGUAUGAGUACCAAAAGGAUUGGGCAAAGCCAGGCAGCAGGACGGGUAAGCGGUGCGACGAUGCAAAGCCAAUCAAGCUGGUGUGGGGAGAGAAGCGGAGAAAGGGAAAAGUCGAUAGCUACACUAUCCACUUCCGGGGAGGCAUGGACCAGGUCUUUAGGGAGAUCCUACUAGCGAGCCAGAUGGCCCGCCAAGUGUGUCUGUUCACGGCCAUGGGCUGA